AUGCAACCGGAAGGUUUUGUCGUAAAGGAUGGAGAGAGCUUUGUUUUGAAGUUGAAGAAAGCCCUUUAUGGACUUAAGCAAGCUCCACGAGCAUGGUAUUUCAAGCUUCCCAAAUGCCUAGUCUCACUCGGAUUCUCAAGGAGUAAAAAUGAGCAAGUAGUUUGUUUGAAGUGGUCUGAUAAAUCACACUUGAUUAUUGGAGUUUAUGUGGAUGAUCUACUAGUCACAAGUGAAAAUGAUAGUGACAUUAAUGAAUUCAUAUAUGAAAUGAUGUAUUUUUUCGAGAUAAGUGAUCUCGGACAACUUUGCUCUUAUUUGGGCAUUGAAGUGGCACAAGGAGGAGCUAGAAUCCCCCUGUCACAGAGAGCCUAUGCACUGAAUAUACUAGAUCUUGCAAGAAUGAGGGAGUGCAAUCUAGUUCAUGCUCCUCUUGAAGCAAGAGUCAAACUCAGUCAACAAAAUUCAGGAUCUUCAGUUGACUCCACUUACUUCUGAGGCCUCAUCAGAAGCUUAAGAUAUUUGACUCACACUCGCCUUAAUCUAACUUUCUCUGUGGGAUUACUGAGCAGGUUUAUGAAGCAUCCGACUUCAGGACACCUCUCAGUGACCAAGCACAUUCUAAGAUAUGUAAAAGUACAAUUGAUUAUGGAUUAGUCUAUGAGAAAGGUCAGACCGAAGCAACUUUAGUCGGCUAUAUUGAUAGCAACUUUGUUGGAGAUGUGGGUGACUGA